GUAACAUACGCUGCGAGAGGAGAACAAAGACUGUUGUAUAAGCUAACCGUUGAUCAAAAUCACAGGAGGUCCGACUGGGGAACUCUCCGCGCUCCCACCCUGCCCAGCUUCCUCAGAAACAACCCUCUCCCCAAUGGAUUCCCGUGGAGCAACCGCGACAGCAGGGACAACUACUACACCGACCCUCCCCACACGGGCGUCAUACGAUCCUACGACUUCACCAUUGGCCAGGGAAAGAUCUCCCCGGACGGCUACGAGCGUGACGUCCUCCUGGUAAACGGACAGUUUCCCGGCCCGCUCAUCGAGGCCAACUGGGGUGACACGAUCCAGGUGACGGUGCACAACAACCUGACCGACCCCGUCGAGGGGACCGCUCUUCACUGGCACGGGCUGCUGCAGAAGGGUACCCCCUGGGAGGACGGCGUGCCUGCCGUCACGCAGUGUCCUAUCGCGCCCGGCAAGAGCUUCACGUAUCAGUUCCUCGCCGACCUAUACGGGACGUCCUGGUACCACUCGCACUACUCCGCCCAGUACGCCGGUGGCCUCUCGGGGCCGAUGGUGAUCCACGGCCCCAAGAGCCGCGCCUACGACAUCGACGUCGGCCCUGUCAUGCUCUCGGACUGGUACCACGACACGUACAUGAACUUGGUGGAGCAGUCGAUGGCGCCCAACGCGUUACCGCUGUUGUCGGACAACAACCUGAUCAAUGGCAAGAUGAACUUUGACUGCUCAACGCUGCCGGAGACGGACAAGACCCCCUGCGUCAACAACGCCGGCGUGUCCAAGUUCAAGUUCCAGCGGGGCAAGACGCACCUCCUCCGGCUGAUCAACGUCGGCGCCGAGGCCUUGCAGCGCUUCUCCAUCGACGGCCACAACAUGACGGUCGUGGCCAACGACUACGUCCAGGUCCAGCCCUACACCACCGACAUCGUCACCCUGGGCGUGGGACAGCGUACCGACGUGCUCGUCAAGGCCGACGGCGACCUCGACGCCUACUGGAUGCGCAGCAGCAUCUCCACCAUCUGCUCCCUGACCAACCAGCCCGACGCCCUGGCCGCCAUAUACUACGACGACGCCGACCAGUCCGAGGACCCCCAGUCCCAGCCAGAGGGCGACCUCACCGACCCGGGCAACUGCGCCAACGACGACCUCGAGCGCACCAGGCCCGUCAUGCAGCUCCGCGUCCCCCAGCCCGACCUCACCUUCAACAUGUCCAUCGGGAACUUCCAGAACGAGACCGGUACCACCCUCUGGACCCUCGAUGACGUCUCCUAUCGCGGCAACUACAACAGUCCCACCCUACUCCUGGCCACCCUGAACAACCACACCUUCGAGGAUCAGUGGAACGUCAAGAAUACCAAGUCGGCCAAGAGUGUACGGGUCAUCGUCCAGAACGGGGCAGUCGCUCACCCGAUGCACCUCCACGGCUUCAACAUGUACAUCCUCUCCGAGGGCGACGGAGAAUGGGACGGCACAAUUGUCCAUCCGGAGAACCCUCAGCGCCGCGACGUCAUCCAGCUUCGUCCCAACGGCCAUCUAGUCAUGCAGUUCGACGCAGCCCAGAACCCAGGCAUGUGGGCUUUCCACUGCCACAUCGCCUGGCACGUCGGAGCCGGUCUAUACGCCCAAUUCCUCACAGCUCCCGACAAGCUGGCCAAGAUGAAGCCCCCCAGUGUUGUGGCUGAAACCUGUCGCCAGUGGGCUGAGUGGACGCAUACGAAUAUUCCGCCACAGAUUGACAGUGGACUCUGA